AUGCGCUUCUUGCUUGGCGACCAGAAUACUAAAAUAUGCCGUGAUGAGCAGAACAAUUAUCCUUUAGCCGCUGCUGCUGGCAAAGAUUUUUACGUCGACGAUAUACUCAGUGGUACCGAGGAUUUAUCUUCUGCCAUUGAACUACAAGACCAGUUAAUACAUUUGUUAAAAUCGGCUGAUCGUCAUGUGUUAUGUUCUGAAGCUCUGAAAGUAGACCUGAUAGGCUUCGGAGAUGCUUCUAAAAAUGCGUACGGUUGUGCCGUCUACACCAGGUCUUUGUCAAGGUCUGGUAAGAUGAAGGUGGCACUCUUAUGCAGCAAAUCUCGAGUUGCUCCCAUCAAAGAAAUUAGUAUCCCACGUUUGGAGCUGUGUGCGGCGGAUCUGCUUUCCAAACUUACCGUUAAGGUUCUGUCAUCCUUGCAACUAAACAUUCAUGGAGUACAUUUGUACUCGGACUCCACCGUGGUGCUUGCUUGGAUCAAAACUCCACCUACAUCGUUGAAAACGUUUGUUGCUAAUCGAGUCACUAGGAUUCAAGAGUAUACUAAGAACUUCCAAUGGCAUUAUGUAAAUACUGCUGAGAAUCCUGCGGACUUGAUAUCACAAGGAGCUUUUUCCUUCAAAGAUCCAACAUUUGGACAUUUGGUGGAAUGGACCAUCUUUUCUUUCAUCUAG